GCGUCGUCGGGGACAGGCCAUUGCGCUUGCGUCAACGGUGCGCGCCGCGGGAACCUUGACAAGCAGCAUGGCUACGGAUUGUUCAGAGACGCCGCGGCAAAAGGCGGCUUCUGAUGGGUCUCUGGUAGGGCAGGCCGGCGUCCUACCUUGCCUAGAGUUGCCGACUUAUGCCACUGCUUGUUCGCUGGUGAACAGUCGCUACUCAUGCCUGGUGGCCGGGCCGCACCGAAGGCACAUCGCUCUGUCGCCCCGUUACCUUAACAGGAAACGCACUGGCAUUCGAGAACAGCUGGAUGCCGAGCUCCUGCGCUAUUCUGAGAGCCUUUUAGGUGUCCCUAUUGCAUAUGAUAACAUCAAAGUUGUGGGAGAACUGGGAGAUAUUUAUGAUGAUCAAGGACACAUUCAUCUUAACAUCGAAGCCGAUUUUGUUAUUUUUUCCCCCGAACCAGGGCAAAAGCUUAUGGGUAUAGUUAAUAAAGUGUCUUCUAGCCACAUUGGCUGUUUGGUACAUGGCUGUUUCAAUGCCUCCAUUCCUAAACCUGAGCAGUUGUCAGCUGAGCAGUGGCAAACCAUAGAGAUAAACAUGGGUGAUGAACUGGAAUUUGAAGUAUUUCGUUUAGACUCAGAUACUGCUGGAGUAUUCUGCAUUCGGGGAAAACUAAAUAUCACAAGUUUACAAUUCAAGCACUCUGAAGUGUCUGAAGAAGUUACAGAAAAUGGCACUGAGGAAGCUGCUGAAAAACCCACUAAGAAGAAAAAGAAAAAGAAGAAAGACCCAGAGACAUAUGAAGUGGACAGUGGUACCACCAAGAUAGCAGAUUUUGGAGAUGACACUCCAAUGGAAGAAUCAGCCCUGCAGAAUACUAAUAAUGUGAAUGACCUCUGGGAGGAGGAGCCAAAGAAAAAGAAGAAGAAGAAUAAAAAGCAACAGAAAGAUCAGGACCAGGACCCUAGUUUCCAAGGCAGUGACUCCAGUGGUUACCAAAGUGACCAUAAAAAGAAAAAAAAGAAAAGAAAACACAGUGAAGAGGCUGAAUUUACCCCACCUUUGAAAUACUCACCAAAAAAAAAAAAGGAAAAGUAGUUUUCUUUAGUGUAUUUUAAAUAUGAUUCAGCUUUUAAAAGACAGAUAUACAUACAAUUGAUGAAUAAAUAUUUUGAGUGAUAUGAAAUGCUUAAGCAUACCAGUAGUUUACAAAAGAGAAAAUAAGUUGGAGGCAGCUCGAUGUGCUUAAAAUGAUAAAGCUGACUGUACGUUAAUUUGGGGAAAACCAGUAUUGUUAAAGUGCCAUUUUAUACAAAAUAAAAAGCUGCUCUUACUGUCGACUCUCAUAUUCUUCCAGGUUUUGCACUCUACAUAAAAUUGUUUCUACAGUAUCUACAGUCUCAAGACUAGCAAGAGGACUUUGUAAUAUAUUAUAUUACUAAAGAAUGAGUCAUAGUUUUUGAUUAUUUGAUUGUGUGUGUGUGUUCAAUAGGUUUCACCUUAUUACAUGCUGUUUUAUAUUGCUUUUUUUUAAAACUCAGGACAUUAACUAGUUUUAGGUUUUCCUUUAUCAUGGUUUCUAUAGUAUCUCUAUUGUUUAACAUAAAAUGGUUUGCCAAAGAAGUUUCUGAAGUCUUCACAGCUCUUAAAAGCCAUGCCAGUACUGACUGCCUGGUGGUAACUGCUAUUCAUUAUUCUCUUCUUCCAGGUGCCUGUGUGUCCUUAUUUUCUUUUUUAAAUCUGAGAGGUUGAUGGAAAGGACUGUCUUGUUGUACUUGUUCAUUUGUGCCUCAGCCAUUCUAAUUUUGUUGUUUGUUGGAGUAGAGUCUAAUGAAGACAGGUUAAAUGUGAUUCUGACUAGUGAGAAAUUUCAGAUUACUUUGUGUGUGUGUGUGUGUGUGUGUGUGUG